AUGGCCCGUACAACUCAGAUACAUAGAGCCCGACGUGAUGCUGCCAAGAUCGCCCCUCGAACUUGUGUCGUUCAGCCAACCACACCCAAUCCGGAAAGGCAACAGCCGUACCAGUAUCCCGGCAUUAAUGUCGACCUCCGCCACCUCUUGCGGCACUGGACUCUCGAACCGGGCGUCGACUAUUACCGUGUGGGGUGUUUCGAGGUAUCUGGUACCCACAGCGAGACACAGCCCAUCAUGGUUCGGGAGGUGGCCAUGACGCUUCUCAUGGACCGCUUGACCGACAAACCUGGCUGGCAUGAAAAGGUCUUUGACGAGGAAAUCGUUGCCAAAUGGAAACAGGAAGCUCUGAGAGCACCCGAGGAUGACAUUUGGAACUCCAUCAUCACCGAUCAAAUCUUGCAAAACCUCGAGGAGAUUCGGCAAGUACUGGCCAGUGGUGAUCCUGACGAAAUCGAAGGUUAUCUCUGGCACUAUGCUUACUAUCCUCAAAAACCAGCGCGCCAGAGGAUCAUAUCAGAGCAGGCGUUUGAUUACUUCAACAAAAGUGGCCUGAUCUUUACGCUCAACACAAACGAGAACAUGGCCAUUAAGUCGGACUCUGUUGUCACCGACGAGCUUCGUGAAGACCUCAGAGCCGCCUUCAACAAACUCGUGGCUGAGCAAGGCUCUAACCCUGACUGGCACCCACGGGCUCAAGAGAUGGUCCAGGACCUUGUUCACCCGUCCAUGCACCCCUUUGUCUACGGGAAAUCCCCAUUUUUCCAAGACGAGGUUGUGGGAGUCGAGGAUGCCGUUGAGAAGUGGGCUGGCAAGGGCCAGGUCAUUGAGAAGCCGCUCACCAAACCCCGCGAAGAAAUGAGCGACUUUCAUGACUACAACGGCCAAGAGUAUGCGUUCUGGUCUGAGAAAUACCAAUGGCUUCCUGCCAACCUAGCCUUUCAGGACGAUGGUACAGUCAGGUUCACCAGUUACAUCAACAACCUGCACCCAAAGAGACACCCCGAGAUCUAUCGUACCAUCGAGCGGCUCAUUGACACGGCUAUUCCGGCAUGGGAACGGGUCUUGAGCGGAAAGGCCACCAUCGGUGAACCCUACAUCGAAAGGAGGUCCUCCAGCUAUCGGAAAUGCGGAAAGAAAGUCGUCCCAGUGCAACAGCGGUUUGGGCCCGCUCCAGUAUUCUGCAGCGAAUAUGACAACGACGCUUAUGAGGCUCAGCCGGACGAUUUGCGGCCCGGACUUAUCAGGGAGUGGGAAGAAAAGAAUGGCAGGCCUGUUCCAUUGGAUGAUCACGAGCUAUACGAGGUGGAGAGCUGGACAGGGCCAGAUGAAUGUACCUCCAACCCAGAGCAGUACGAGGGUCUUACUCUGGAAGAGCAGAAAGAGAGACUUUUGCUCAAUUACAAGUGGAAAGAAAUUCGGGAUGUUAUCCUUCCAGAACCCCUGGGCUUUCAGCCAGUCACAUACACCACCGAGCACAAACUCAGUGAGAAGUUUAAGGAAACCGGUCUUCAGGUCAUUGUGAAGAUGGCUACGAUUGAGCUUACCCCGGAAAAGCCCGACUUCCCGGUUGGAGGUUGGCACAUUGAGGGCAUGAUGAGCGAGCACAUUGUUGCCACAGCUCUGUACUACCUUGAUUCAGAGAACAUCACCACGAGCUCCCUUGAGUUUCGCAUGAAAGCAGAUGAGCACCCGGAUUUGGAGGAUACUAUCGGGCAGGAUAACUAUCGGCCCAAUCAGGUCAUGUUUGGUUGUCUGUUUAAGGACGGAGAAGCUCUGCAGAAGCUCGGCAACGUUGAAACGCGCCAGGGACGCCUUCUUGCCUUCCCAAAUGUUUUCCAGCAUCGCGUCUCUCCCUUCAGUCUCCAGGACCGGACCAAGCCGGGACAUCGACGCUUCAUUGCUCUUUGGCUCGUUGAUCCACACCAACGAAUCAUCUCCACUGCCAACGUACCACCGCAACAGCUGGACUGGUGGGCAGAAGCCGUCUUUGGGGGCAAGGACCAGGUGGCAAAGGGUGAGCUCCCUUCCGAGGUGUUUCAACUCUUGCUCGAGCAGGGGCUCGCCGACACAAUCUCCCCGCCAAAGGAGGUGCUUGACAAAUUGAACAAUCGGUUGCCGCCUGAACUUAUGAACAUGGUGCGCAAGCAGCGAGUUAUGCCACAAGCUCUGAUGACGAGAGAGGAGGCAAAGGAGCACAGGUUGAAGUUGAUGGAAGAGCGGAGCACGUUUCACGAAGAGGCAGAGUCAUCCUGGACGGGGGUGAAGUUCAACUUUUGCGAACACGUGCUUGUAGGUGUUGUCCAAUGGUGGUGGUUAUUCCCUGGAACGAUACGACGCUGA